AUGGCAAACCGAGAAACAAUAGUGGUUAUCGGCGCAGGAGUUAUCGGCCUCUCAACCGCCCUCUACAUCCAACAACACCUCACACCCACCCAAUCCAUCCUCCUCAUCGCCCGCGACUUCCCCUCCGACACAUCCGUCAACUACGCCUCACCCUGGGCCGGAGCCCAUUACCGCCCAGUCCCGGGUUCCACACCACAAGCACUGCGCGAAGCGAAGCAAGCGCAGCGCACGUACGAAUUUCUCAAGCGCACUGCGAGCGCGGAGCCGGGUGCCGGCGUGGAAUUCGUCGGCGGCGUCGAGUACCUCGAGGCACCGCCGGCGGAGUAUCUGGAUACGCAGAGCGUGCGCAAUGUCUAUGCGCAUCUGGAUGGGUUCCGCAAGUUGGGAGGCGAGGAGCUCCCGGCUGGUGUGAGGUGGGGUGUUGAGUAUGGGACGUAUGUGGUUAAUUCGCCUGUUUAUUGUGCGCAUUUGCUGCGGAAGUUUGUGCUUAGGGGUGGGGAGACGAAGAGGUAUACGCUGGUGAAUUUGGAGGAGGGGUUUAGUAUGGCGAGAGGUGUGAGAUGUGUGGUGAAUUGUUCUGGGACUGGGUUUGGGGAUCCGAAAUCUUUUAUUAUUCGAGGACAAACUUGUCUCGUCCGUAAUCAUGUCUCGAAGACAAUCACCCGGCAAAAUACUGAUGGCUCGUGGUCCUUCUGUAUCCCGCGUCCCCUUGACGGUGGAACUAUCAUCGGAGGUACGAAGGAGCCGAAUAACUGGGACCCAAAUCCGUCUCUGGAGACCAGGAAGCGAUUGCUUGAUAACGCCAGCAAGUGGUUCCCUUUUGCUCCCGAGAGUAAGGGCCAGUUCGAUGUCAUUCACGAUAUUGUCGGUCGGCGGCCGGCAAGAGAGGGCGGUUUGCGCAUUGAGGCUGAUAAGAUCGCUGAUGACCGAUAUGUCGUUCAUGGAUAUGGCGCGGGUGGUCGUGGCUUCGAGCUCUCUCGUGGUGUUGCGGAAGACAUUGUGUCCCUGAUGCUCGAGAAGGGGCUUUUGCAGGCAAGAGCUUCGCUGUAG